GGUCCUCCUCCUCCCCAAGCAGUGUGUCCUCCCCACUGCGGAGAGCGUCGGGAGGCGGACAGAGGGUCUUGUCUGCGUCUUCUAGUUCGUCUGUCAAUAUGCCCUGUGGUGACAGGGACUCGGACCAGACUGCAGAGGGGAAUAAAAUAACCUCAUACAAGAUCUGAUUUAUCUCCUGGUUAUUUUUUAAUUGGCUUCCUCUGACUCAUUACUAUCAGUGCCACUGUUGGAGAGAAGAUUAUAUCUAUGUAAUAAACUUAACUCUAGUCAAUACAACUUACAAACUUUUUUCAAGGGAUGAAAUUUAACUCUAGGCACAUAUUAACAUCCAAGUUAUAUAUGAGUAAUAUGCGACUUACCAGGCCAGGCUGAUUUUUCGCCACAGCAGUGAUCCCUCUGCCUGUUUAAGUGAAUAUCACUUGAUUUUCUUAUUCAGAGAGAAUAUUAGGAAAAGGUUGUCCUUCACCCAUCUCAGUUUCUCAUUUUUCGUCUUCACUGCUCUCUUCAAGUGAAAGCUUUCUUUUAAGAUUUUUGUCUCUACUCCUUGUAACAGUAAACACAUCUCUUAUUUUUUUUUUAAAAAGACUUUAUUUCACUUUGAGAGAAAGUACACAUGUGCAUGAGCAGAGGAGGGGCAGAGGGAGAGGGAGAGAGAGAAUCUUAGCAGGCUCCACACCCAGCAUGGAGCCUGAUGCAGGGAUCGAUCUCACAACUGUGAGAUCGUGACCUGAGCUGAAAUGAAGAGUCAGUCACUUAACCGACUGAGCUACCCAGAUGCCGGCUAAAGAUUUUAUUUUUAAGUAAUCUCUACACCCAACAGGGCUUGAACCCACAACCUCAAGAUCCAGAGCCACACACUCCACUAACUGAGCCAGCCAGACACCCCAACACAUCUUAAGAAAAUGUGAAUAUAUUUUUCUCACAGAGAAAGGGCUACAGUCAGAGACAAAGAAAUACUAAUUCAUUUACCCUUGUAUAUAAAGACUGGGGUGUUGUAUCUAAGGAGAACCACAUUCCCUCAUAGGGAUAGUGAUUCUUUGUCAGCUGAUGAAGGCAGUGACUUUGAAGACAGCCUGAGACACAGUGUGAAGAAGAGAGCAGCAAAACGACCACUCAGGACAACCCCAGUGGCCAAACAUCCAAAGAAGGGGUCCCGAAUGGUACGUGGUCAUGGCCAGAGAGACUCAGAACCACCAACCAGUGAUCUUUUUGAUGCUGUGAAAGCUGCCAAAAGUGACAUGCAGUCUUUGGUGGAUGAGUGGCUGGAUAGCUACAAGCAAGACCAGGAUGCAGGAUUCCUGGAACUCAUUAACUUUUUCAUCCGAUCUUGUGGAUGUAAAGGCAAUGUGACCUCCGAGAUGUUCAAGAAGAUGUCCAACUCAGAGAUCAUCCGGCACCUAACAGAACAGUUUAAUGAGGAUUCAGGAGAGUAUCCCCUGACAGCACCGGGUCCAUCCUGGAAGAAGUUCCAGGGCAGUUUCUGUGAAUUUGUGAAAACAUUGGUCUAUCAGUGCCAGUAUAGCCUCCUCUAUGAUGGCUUCCCUAUGGACAACCUCAUCUCCCUGCUCACUGGCCUCUCAGACUCCCAAGUCCGUGCCUUCCGUCACACUAGCACCCUGGCUGCCAUGAAGCUAAUGACCUCCCUGGUAAGAGUUGCCCUCCAACUGAGUCUGCACAAAGACAAUAAUCAGCGGCAGUAUGAGGCUGAAAGAAAUAAGGGACCAGGACAUAGAGCUCCUGAGCGACUGGAGAGCCUGUUGGAGAAACGCAAAGAGCUCCAAGAACAUCAAGAGGAGAUUGAAGGGAUGAUGAAUGCGCUCUUCAGGGGGGUCUUUGUGCAUCGGUACAGGGACAUCCUUCCUGAGAUCCGUGCUAUCUGCAUUGAAGAGAUUGGGUCUUGGAUGCAAAGCUACAGCACAUCUUUCCUCACUGACAGCUAUUUGAAAUAUAUUGGCUGGACCUUACAUGAUAAGCAUCGAGAAGUCCGUCUGAAGUGUCUCAAGGCUCUAAAAGGGCUGUAUGGCAGCCGGGAUUUGACUGCCCGCCUGGAGCUCUUUACCAGCCGCUUUAAGGACCGGAUGGUUUCCAUGGUCAUGGACCGAGAGUAUGAUGUGGCGGUGGAAGCUGUCAAGUUACUAAUACUCAUCCUUAAGAACAUGGAAGGGGUGCUGACAGAUGCAGACUGUGAGGGCAUCUACCCAGUUGUAUAUGCCUCUAACCGAGCCCUGGCCUCUGCUGCAGGGGAGUUUCUCUACUGGAAGCUCUUCUACCCUGAGUGUGAGACUAAAAUGGUCAGUGGGAGAGAGCGACGCAGAAGUCCACGUGCCCAGAGAACUUUCUUCCACCUUCUGCUGUCCUUCUUUGUGGAAAGUGAGCUCCAUAACCAUGCUGCUUAUUUAGUAGACAGCCUGUGGGACUGUGCAGGGUCUCAGCUGAAGGACUGGGAGAGUCUGACAAGCCUGUUGCUGGAGAAGGACCAGAACUUGGACGAUGUGCAGGAGAGCACAUUGAUUGAGAUCUUGGUGUCCAGUGUUCGGCAAGCUUCUGAAGGUCACCCACCUGUGGGGCGGAUCACUGGGAGGAAGGGCUUAACCCCGAAAGAACGUAAGAUCCAAGCUGAUGACAAGGUGAAGCUGACAGAGCACCUCAUCCCCCUGCUACCCCAGCUCCUGGCCAAGUUCUCAGCUGAUGCGGAGAAGGUUGCUCCCUUGCUCCAGCUUCUUAACUACUUUGACCUCAACAUCUACUGCACAAGGCGCUUGGAGAAGCACCUGGAGCUCUUCUUGCAGCAGCUCCAGGAGGUGGUGGUGAAGCACGCGGAACCCACGGUGCUUGAGGCAGGUGCUCAUGCCCUCUAUCUGCUCUGUAAUCCUGAGUUCACGUUCUUCGGCCGGGUAGACUUUGCCCGCAGCCAGCUGGUGGAUCUGCUGAGCGACCGCUUCCAGCAAGAACUUGAAGAGCUGCUGCAGUCGUCCUUCCUAGAUGAGGAUGAGGUGUACAGCCUGGCGGCCACUCUGAAGCGCCUGUCUGCCUUCUACAAUGCUCACGACCUGACUCGCUGGGAGCUCUAUGAGCCAUGCUUCCGACUCCUCCGGAAGGCUGUGGACACAGGAGAAGUUCCUCACCAGGUGAUGCUGCCAGCCUUGACUCUUGUCUAUUUUUCCAUUCUCUGGACACUAACCCACCUUUCUGGAUCAGGUGCUUCCCAGAAGCAGCUGUUGAGUUUGAAGGACAGGAUGGUGGCAUUCUGCGAACUCUGCCAGAGCUGCCUCUCAGAUGUGGCUUCUGAGAUCCAGGAGCAGGCUUUUGUCUUAUUAAGUGAUCUACUUCUCAUCUUCAGCCCUCAGAUGAUUGUAGGGGGUCGCGAUUUUCUUAGACCCCUUGUCUUUUUUCCUGAAGCCACGCUCCAGUCUGAACUAGCCAGCUUCCUCAUGGACCAUGUCUUCAUCCAGCCUGGAGAACUGGGCAGUGGUCAUUCCCAGGAGGAUCAUUUACAGAUAGAGCAGCUGCACCAGCGGCGCCGCCUCCUGGCUGGGUUCUGCAAGCUGCUGCUUUAUGGGGUGCUGGAGAUGGAUGCAGCCUCAGAUGUUUUCAAACACUACAACAAGUUCUACGGUGACUAUGGUGACAUUAUCAAGGAAACAUUAACUAGAGCAAGGCAGAUUGACCGAAGUCAUUGUUCCCGAAUCCUGCUGCUGAGCCUCAAGCAGUUGUACACAGAACUGCUGCAAGAACAGGGGCCCCAAGGCCUGAAUGAGCUUCCUGCCUUCAGUGAGAUGAGGGACCUGGCCCGAAGGUUUGCCUUGAGCUUUGGGCCCCAGCAGCUACAGAACCGUGACCUUGUGGUCACGCUACACAAGGAAGGCAUCAAAUUCUCCUUGUCUGAGUCUCCUCCAACUGGUUCCUCCGGUCAGCCCCCAAACCUAGCAUUCCUGGAGCUCCUUGCCGAGUUUUCCCCCCGACUCUUCCAUCAGGACAAGCAGCUGCUACUGUCCUACCUGGAAAAGUGUCUGCAGCGUGUCUCCCAGGCACCUGAUUGUCCCUGGGGUCCAGUCACCACCUACUGCCACUCCCUCAGCCCUGUAGAGAACACAGUGGAGGCCAACCCUCAGGGCUAUCCCCGCUCUAAGAAGAGGCGCACUGAAGGCCCCUCCAGGCAGCAGAGAGAGGAUAUCUCUUCAUCCCAGGAGGAAAGCCUCCAGCUGAACAGCAUCCCACCCACACCCACCCUCACCUCUACAGCCAUCAAGAGGAGGCAGCCUCUGGGGGGGUUGGAAGAGAUGGAAGAAGGCAGCCCAGAACCAGAGCUUGUCCAAAGCAGCCAGCCCCUUUCAGGCAACCAGAGGUCAAGAUUGUCGAGUCCACAGCAUUUCCGGACUCUACUCAACCGUUCCGGUCCUGGUCUGGGCAACCGGCUGACCAGACUCAGCCUUAUGGAAGAGGAUGAAGAAGAGAUCCAGAGCGAGUUAAGUGAAGAAUGGCAAGAUACAGACAAGGUCAUGAUUUCGAAGUUCAUGAGAUCAAGUCCUGCAUCGGGCUCUGUGCUGACAUCGCGGAGACUGCAUGGGAUUCUCUGUCUCUCCCUCUCAGCCCCUCCCUGCUUGCAUGCACACACGUGUGCUCUCUUGCUCUCACUCACAAACUAAACUAUAAUAAAAUAA